CAUAUCUCACUGUCGUUCUCGGUCGCGUAGUCUGUGAACGCCGACCGAUUGCUUUUGACAGGGCGGUUUACGACGCCGAUCGCCGUAAAAGUGGGGAACCCAUUUAAGGGUAUAUGCGGCGUUUGCGACAGUCUGACACGACUUACGGCCGUCGUCUCCAGCCAACCCUGCGCCUUCGUGUCCCCUCUCCUUGGCCGUAUACCUCCCGCAGUCCUCCUGUUAGAUCUGCUUUCUUCUGCACCAUGAGCCCUUGGAUCUGUGUCGCUGAGGCCCGCCGAACCCCCGUUUUCAGCUUCAUCUAGCGGCAGGUUCGACAUACAAUUAUGGAGGCCUGAAGGUUGUCAGCGUUUGGGGGAGGUGGAGUCUUCCCUUCCCCAGGGUGGGGGCUCAGGAGACGGCAGCAAUAAGGAGGAAGGAGUCGUUACAUUUUCUAUGGAACUGUUUAUAUAAGAGAAAAGUCUAUUUUUGCCAACGGAGAGAGUCUAUAUUUGUACAGUUUUGUAUGUAUUUAUGUGGACGGCGAGUGUGUGCGGAGCAGGUCGUCACGCGUGUGCGGUGAGGUGAGGCUGUUUCGUGGCUGCUAGCGUGCGGUGGAUCCUUGACACAAGCACUGUGCUAGCGCCCCCUAUCUGCCAUCCAGGAGAUAUCAGCCUCUGGUUCCCUACACGUUCCAGUGCGACCGCGUUCGGUCGUGUCCGCUUUUGCGGGGGUCGUGUCUGUGUGGGCACGGUUCCGGCGGUCAGGAUGAGCCCCCCCCCUUCGGACUGUACGCCGCGGUGCCGGUCUGCGCAGCACGCGGCUGAGGUGAUGGCGGCGCUGACGGCAGCGGACUCAGAGGGACGUCUGCGGGCCUUUCUGUCGGCCCACUGCCACAACGCGGCCACCCUGCGAGACGCCUUCGGCCGCACCGCCCUGCACAUGGCUGCCUCGCUGGGACGGCGCCCCCUGGUGGAGUGGUUGCUGCAGAACAAAGGUGCUGACCUGCUGGUAAAGGACAAGGAGUCAGGGUGGACUGCCCUGCACCGCAGCACCUUCUACGGGCACAUCCAUUGUCUGCUGGCACUGGUCAAGCAUGGUGGCCUUCUCACCACCCUGGACAAGGAAGGGCUCUCCGUCCUGGACCUGACCAUGAAGGACAGGCCCCAGCAUGUGGUCUUCAGGAGUACUGACCCCACGGAGGUUUACACGUGGGGGAGCAACACUAACUUCAGUCUUGGACACGGUAACCAAGAGAGCCGUAAUCAUCCUGAGAUCAUAGACCUCUUCGCCCGGACUGGAGUUUACAUCAAACAGGUGGUGCUGUGCAAGUUCCACUCCGUGUUCCUGUCUCAGAAGGGACAGCUGUUCACUUGUGGACACGGUCAGGGCGGCCGCCUGGGACACGGUGACGAGCAGACUUACCUGGUGCCCCGGGUAGUGGAAGGUCUCCUGUCCCACCACUGCUCACAAGUUGCUGCCGCCAAGGAUCAUACCGUGGUCUUGACCGAGGAGGGCUAUGUCUACACCUUUGGCCUUAACACCUUUCACCAGCUGGGUCUGACCCCCCCACCGGCGUCCAGCCAUGUGCCCAAACAGGUCUUCUCCAAGGCUUUGAAGGGGAGGACUGUGGUUGGCGUGGCGGCGGGAAGGUUCCACACCGUCCUGUGGACCAGGGAGGCGGUCUACACCAUGGGGCUGAACGGAGGCCAGCUGGGCUACCUGCUCGACCCUAACGGGGAGAAGUGUGUGACGGCCCCUCGACAGGUAUCUGCCCUGCAUCACAAGGACGUGACCAUCAGCAAGCUGGCGGCCAGCACCGGGGCUACCGUGUGUGUGACCGAGAGGGGAGAUGUCUACCUGCUCGCCGACUACCAGUGCAAAAAGCUAGCUUCCAGGCAGCUCAACAUCAAGAAGGUCCUAGUGAGUGGGGGGAGCCUGGAUCAUCGUGUGGACCCCCAGGUGCUGAUGGAUGGGGGUGGGGCAAAGGUGUCUAUCCUUGCCCUGGAUCAGGCAGGAAGGGUGUUCUGCUGGAGAUCUUCCAGCAGCUCCGUGAAGCAGUGUCGCUGGGCGUACGGCCGGCAGGUGUUUGUGGCGGACAUGGCGCUGAGCGACGACCACCUGAUGUUCGUCACCCAGGAGGGUGAGGGCUUCAAUGGCCAUUGGCAGCAAGACCGCAAGAAGAACGCGGAUCGCAAAGAGGCAGGAAGCGGGCCGGAGCCAGGUCAGUCCGAGGCCGGCGGGGCGUACGAGCGGAUCCGCUUGGAGAGGAUCCCGUUUACCCACAGGGCCGUCAGCAUCACCAUGGACAUGAAGGGCCGCAACUUUGCGGUGUUGCAGUCGGACCCUAAGACAAGCCUGUUCGAGGUCCCCUCUGUCUCCGCCUCCUCAUUCCCCGAGCAUCUCCGCAGCCUGCAGGCUGAGGCCGAAGAGACGGACAACAUCCACGACGUCACCCUGCAGGCCGGAAGCCGCACCUUCCCGGCACACAAAUAUAUCCUGUCCUCCCGCUCCGACUACUUCCGGCGUAUUCUGUACCCGGAGCCGGGCCAGGGGGAGGAGGUGGAGGGGGUGACGCGCAGCGAGGAUGCCAUAGGCUGCGACCUUCUGGCGCUGGACAAGAUCCCGGCGGACAUGCUGGAGCAGGUGCUGCAGUUUAUCUACACGGACAGCUGCCAGAUGCUGCAGCCGGGAUACCAGCCCGCCACACCCAGCCAGGACCGCAGCCCGGCGAUCGAACCGGACCAGCUGAUCCAUGACCUGCAGGUGCUGGGCUUCCACCAGGAGCUGAAGGGCCGGUCCGCUUUGGAGGUGUACCGCUCGCUGCCCGCCUCCGACUGCAGAGGGGAGGGGCCAAAGGGCAGAGCCAAUAAGAGCAGCAAGAAGAGCAAAGGAAAAGAGGCCAGUGAGGGAGGGGUCAACCCAGUGAAGGCCCUUCAGGGUGUGGCCAAGAGACUGGGUGUCGGCAGCUUGUCUGCACGCUUGGAUGGAGUGAAAUAUGAGAACGGAAGGAUCAACGUCGUUCAAAAGAAGUCUGGAAACAAGCUGAAAUUCAACCCAAAGAAAUGCUCCUACCUCUGUGAUGUUACUCUGCGGUCCGAAGAUGGGAAGGAUUUCCCGUGCCACAAGUGUGUCUUGUGUGCGCGACUUGAGUACUUCCACAGCAUGCUGGGAAACCCCUGGAUUGAGGCCUCUUGCUGCACUGCACUGGUGAUGCCGACUAAGGCAGACAUCCUGCAGGUCAUCCUGGAGUAUGUGUACACAGAUGAGUCAGCCACAGUCAGAGAGUCGCUGAACGUGGAAUUUGUGUGCAAUGUCCUGGUCGUGGCCGACCAGCUUCUCAUCCCCCGCCUGAAGGAGAUCUGUGAGGUGACCAUCGUGGAGAACCUGACCCUGAAGAACGUGGCGGAGCUGCUGGAGUUCGCAGCAAUGUACAAUGCCCAGCAGCUCAAACUGUCCUGCCUGCAGUUCAUCGUGCUCAACAUGGCCGCCCUGCUGGAGACCAAAGCCCUGGACGUCCUGAGUGCCGAUGUGCAGCUUGAGCUCUCAGCGGUGUACAGGGACAUGAUUCCAGCGAUGCAGAAGCGUCUGAUCACGCCUUACCCCGACGGCCCUGACCUCAACGCCUAUGAGGACUGGGACUGUUCUCUCAACACGGACAGCGGCACGGAGAUAGACCACACCUCCCGAGAGACUCUUUUGAAGAAAGCCAAAGCGAAGGCAAAACGGAAGCCACGCCGGCGGUCCGACAGCUCGGGGGGGUACAACCUGUCAGACAUCAUCCAUAGCCCCCCCGCUGCAGGUCUGGUGAGGUCAGGCAAGACCAGCUCCAUUGAGUCCUUGCAGGAGCUGCUGACCUCAGACUCGGAGGGGAGCUACGCAGGGGUGGGCAGCCCCCGUGACCUCCACUCCCCCAUCUUUCAGGAUGGACUCCAGCUGGAGGACAAAACUCGUGUCCUGAAAUUGAGGACCCCACCUCAAACCCCAGAUGGGGGAUCCCGGGUAGCCCCCCCUGCCAGGAGCUCCGCCCCCCAGCCCAUUCCAAGACCCAGACCAAGUUCUUCCCAGCCGCCUCCUGUUCUGGACCUGCGCACCAUCAUGGAAAUGGAGGCGUGUUGUUGGAACCUGCAGACUCCGCCCAAAAGCCCUGGAUCGUCACCAGCAGCGGCACCCGUGAUGCCGGUCUCCUCAUUCCCCUUGAUCGACAGAGGUGGUACCAAGUCCUCUUCGCUCCCGCCGAAACUGUCUCAGAAGCAGCGGAAGAUGAUUGCCAUGGCAACCAAGGAGCCCAGCACAGAGAGCAUCUCGGUCAAGUCCUCCCCUGCUCCCACCUCCACCCCCACCAAGACCGUGAGAGCAUGGGCGACACCUCUCCAGUCCCCCCAGGCAUCCCAGUCCUUUCGGGACCUUCUGGUAGAGGAGGAGAUGCGGGUCAGGGCCACUGCUGAAGGUCCAGGAGGGUCCUGCUCUUCUGCCAGGAAAGUGACCUUUAAGAGCUCUGAGAUGAAAGAAGUGGAAAGACCAGCUGGCCCCUGGGUGCUGCCGGCAGUGGGAAGUCCGCCCGUGGGUACCAUGGUAACCUUCGCCUCCAUCGUGGAGGAGGAGCUUCAGCAGGAGGCAGCACUGUGCCGUAGCCGGGAGAAACCGCUGGCGCUCAUCCAGAUCGAGGAGAGGGCCAUUCAGGACUUGCUUCUCCAUUACAAGGCCCUCAACAACCCGGAGGAGUUUGUCGUGGUGGAGAGAGCUUCCCAGGGGCCCAUUGCGGCCCCCACAUGGAACAAGCACUGACAAAGAGUGGAAGCAGCCCCCCCCCCCUGCAGUGUCACCGUGACGUCCACCCCUGCCCUCAUCCUGUCCGACGCAGUGCUGUGCUUUACUUGAGUGUCUGUGUGAAACGGGUUUGCAGUCUUUUGGUGAUGGUCCCAUAGCAUGGCCCUGGAAGCCCCCCCCCCCAGGAAUUGGAACACACCAGGUUAAGAGCUGGCAGAGAGGAAAGAAACUGGUCUCUGUCAGAACUGAUUUAAAGUACAGACUUCAUUUCCCAGGAAGCUCUGGGAGACAGGGCCAGAUGUCUGCUGGGAAGAUGGAGGCAGGUCUGAAGAACAGGUCUGGGAUUCAGCUUAAUAGUGUCUGGCGAUGAAGCCUGAUAAGACACUGCGGACUGCAGCAGCGUGCAGGGAGCUGUUUCGGAGAAUGAUGGCACAGAAUGUACCAGGCAGCGUCUCUUGUUUACAGUUUUUGUGUGUGUUUUGCAAGGCUGGGGAGCUCUACUCAGGACGUGCCUGUACUCGCCGGUGCCAUUCCUGCUGGUACCUGUCGCUGCGUUGUGGAACUGCUCCGCUCCUGACAAUUCUGUAAUGCAGUGUUUCCCAACCCAGUCCUUGGAGACCCCCAGACAGUCCACAUUUUUUAUCCCCCCCAGCUCCCAGCCAAUCAAGAACACUGAAUACCUGGUAUAGGUGUGUGGGGGGGGGAGGAGCAAAAAUGUGGAUUGUCUGGGGGUCCCUGAGGACUGGACUGCGAAGCAGUGCUCUAAGGUCUUGAAGAUAAAAUGCUGACCUCGCACCUGGGUCUCUUAGGCCAUAUGGGCCAACCCCGCCCCCCCCGUGAGACAUGCAGUGAGCCUGCAGCCACACAAUAAAGACCACACCUGUGCAAUAA